AUGCAGGAGGCUUGCCAGACGGACUUCCGACGACCGACCUGCAAUGAAGACUAUUAUUUAUCGGAUGACCAGCUUUUCCUUUCCAAGCACUCAAGUCGCUCAAAGCCUUACGGCUCCCCCCUUCCUCCAGCUGACGCAAAGUUCAACUCGGCCCAUCCCAUCAACCUCAAAGUGUCGUGGAACGGUAACAAUGAAAACCCAACAUUGGGUCAGCCAGUCACGAAAGCAUCUACGUUCAGCUCCAACAAACUUACCUUACCUUCUAAGGUUCAAGCUUUGGCGUCCUCAACCCCAACGGCGUCACUUACCAAUGGUCACACCACUCCAGUCGGCCCUCAGCCCACUACGCACAAGCAUUUGAUCUCGAGCCUACGUACCGUCUCUGGCAAACAGAGCGCAGCCCUCUCCCGCAAUCCGACUCCCCUCAGCUCUGUGCCCCAAAGUCCCCCAACCGUUUGCCCCAGCGGCUUAGUUCCUGCACCUGCCAAUCCGAUCGCCUUGCAAAUCGUCGAGGCCUUGAGGCAUGAGUUGGAAGUUUGUAGUUGUGAUUCGUACAUUUUUCGCUCGCUCUUUCGGACCGCCGCCAUUCCUGCCCUUACGGUUUUCGCUGGAAGACUCGGCUCUCUUCUCAUAUUGCCAGCCAGUGACAGCUCUGCCCUGUAUGUUCCCAAGUCGAUCAAAGAUGCGGAUCAUUCGUUGCCGGUCGCAUUGCGCUAUAACAUUGAAGUUGUACGGUGCGCCUGGGCAGCAUACUCGUUGAUUCGCGGGAUCUUGAAAACAAAUGAAUGGGGCCCUGAGGUCAAGAAAGUGCUGCGCGAUGGCUUGGCGCCGUUUUUAUCGAAGAUGGACGCCAUCAUUCAGCAAUUCAUGGGCCCGUACGUUCUAGAGAUCAAGAAGCAAGUUACCAGCUGCAUCUUAAAGUAUCAAUCAGUGGAAUCCAGUACCGUCCCAGCGGCCAAAGGCCAUCUCUCUCUCAGCCGUACAAUUCCAUCGCUCGGCGGUUACGGGACUUGGAUGACGACUGCCCAUCCGCACGAGCCUCUGCGCGAGCUGAUCAAUUUGUUGGAAGGCGUCCGGAAAGUUUUGAUGAUCAAAUUGGCUUGUGGAGCUGAAAGUCAUCGUUGGAUGGUCAGUGUCGCUACCCAGGCGGUAUGGAAAGGCAUGCUCGUCUUCGCCACUUGCGCAUUUCCUCUCCCGACUCCGAACUCGCAACACUCUCGUGUAUCACCUGUUACCCCGUCCGCCCAUCUCAUCGACAGCUAUUCCUCAGCACUGGGCCUCAGAGGUGCUAGACACAUAUUGCACCCCGUCAAACGUUCGCCAUCACCACCAUUGAAGUCCGAUGUUACCCUGCAUCAGGAACUGGUUCAGAACCUCAAGGUGUUUGCAGUGGCGAUUAGCGACUUUGUGAAGGAUAUUGCCGGGCUCGAUCCGCGUUCCGGCAACAGUCCCUCGAGCUGCACCGGCCAGUGUGAGCUGUGUGCUCAAGGCUUUUCGGUCAACCCGGGAGAUGACGGUGACUUGGUUCGAGAGGCCAUGAACGAAGCCUUGGAGGCUCUCUCGGCACUCCAGCUCGUCGCCUCGGCUCUUCUUCUUCCAGACCGCUUACGCAGCAGCUUGAUUGCAUGCACAGACGCUUCGACGACCCUGAGCUCGUCCCUGGCUACUCGCAAGGCGGGUGACACUCAGCCCGCUUGUCCGACCUUAACGCUAGCAUUGAAAGAGCUUCCGCCGUUCAUCCUGUUGCAUCUUGUCGGCUCGCGGAUCUCCAAGGAAGCUGGCUUCAGACUGCCUCACGAAGUAUGGGGCAUCAGCUGGGCGGAUUGCCAAGAAGAGUUGAAGGGCUUCGUCGCCGCCGAGCGCUGGCUUCCCGAGGUUGCUCACGAGAUGGCCCAAGAGGUCCGUCGGAUCCAGCGCCUUCGCCAGAAAACCCUCGAGAAAACCUCCGGCGGCCUUUCCCCUACUUCGUCCAAAGGCUCGUCGGACCACUCUACCGGUCAGACCCCCGAUUCCCGCGCUGCUGGCGAUGUCGAAUGGGUCAAUCUUUUACUGCUCUCCAUUCAAGUCUUGGUGAUCCUGCUCUUCCUCCUCCUCCUCCUCCACAGGUUCUCGCCCCACUUCCUGUUCCACCACGUCCACUCCUUCCUCCACCCCGCAGCCGACUUCCUGCUCGCAUGCAUGGGCCUCUUCUUCACCUCCUCCUUCAUCCUGAUCCCGCGGCGGGACGUGAUGCCGGGGAGAGAGAUCGGGCUGAUCGCGGCCCUGUUGCUGCCGAGUCUGCUGGUCACCUGGGCGGCCACGGUGGUGUUGGUGAAGGCGCUGGCGUUCGUGUGGCCGCAGGCCCCGGUGGAUGCGCCGGAGGAGGACAACAACGCGGACGUGCUGUCGUCGGACGGCGGGUCGAGCCGGGCGAGCGAUGCCAGCGCGCGGCCGCGCAAGCCGCACAGCCGCCACUCCGGCUCCCAGCACCACGAGCAGGCCGAGGACGCCGGCCUGGCGUCCGCCGAGGCCGGCCGCUCCGCCCCCGCCUCCACCCACAGCGCCAUCGAGAUCCGCGAGCCCCCCGCGCCGCCCGGAAACCCGCGCUUGGCGCUCCACAACACCCUCACCUUGAUCGCCACCGAGCCCGUCGACGACGACAAGAAGAGCCUCGGGGAGGACGAGAAGGCGUGGCCGGAGCGCAGUCUGGCCAAGCUGAAGGACAAGCUGCGGCGCCAGACGCGGCCGGAUGGGCCGGCGGAGACGCGGGAGGCCCGGCUGGCGCGCAGACUGCAGGCCUGCUUCGACCCCGCCGUCUACCUGCUCGUCCUGCUCCUCGGCAUCCCGCUGUUCUUCGCGCCCGGCGGCGAGCACCGCACGAUGCCCCUGUUCACGGGCGUCGUGGCGCUGGCCUGGCUGUUCAGCAGACGCGCCGUCUCGCCCGGCGUUCAGAAACUGCUCCACCCCAUCCUCGUCACCAGCUUCAUCACCGUCUUCGUCGUCUGGGGCUUCGCUCUCAACCAUUACUCGACCGGCGCCAACUACCUCAUCCUCUUCCGGAGGAGCGAGGGCUGGGACGGCAGUCCGCCGAGCGCAGGGGACCUUCUCUCGAGCCUUCUCGUCGGCGGAAUCGUGGCGCUGGCCUUCCCGAUGUUCCGCUACCGCGCCGACCUGUACAAGAACUUCUUCCGGCUCUUCGUCGUCGUCCUCCCCAACUGUGCGCUCUCGCUGCUGCUGUGGCCCUGGGUGGCCUCCCAGAUGGGCAUCGCGGGCGACCGGGCGAUCACGUUUGCGUCGCGGCUCAUGUCGACGCCGUUUGGGAUCCAGUUCAUCGUUGCGACGGGGGGAGACAACUCGCUGGUGGUCGUGCUGAUCUGCAUCACCGGGAUCUUCGUGCGUGCCCCUCUCUCUUCCUCUUUUAAGAUCCAGGAAUUGCGUAAUGUGAUCACUUGA